AUGAACUGGAUCCGAAACGUAUCCGGUCGGGGAGGCCGCCCUGGCAAUCGCAUUAUAAUCGUCUUGAUCGGACACGGUGUUGAGGAAGACCACGCUGUCACGCUGUAUCCUCAGCACACAGAACGCGAGUUUCCGUCUAAAGCCGAGACGAUUGCGGCCCUCUCUAUCUUGACGCCUAAUGUCCGCCUUCUGAUCGUCAACGAGGCUUGUUACUCCGGCUCCUGGGCCACGAUAGCCCCUGAUCUAGGCGCCCAGCAAGACGUGCUUGUUGAGACAGCAGCCACCGUCGGUGAGAAGCGUGGGGCUUGUGGGUAUUGA